CGCAGCGGUGGAAGAAAGGCGGCGUGGCGGAGAGGUGGCGGGUGCGCCGCGAGUGAGAGAGCAGGAGCUGCACCCGAGGAGAGGCGAUGCGUGCAAGCGAGUGUGAGGCGUGUGCGGUGGUGACGGUGCGAGAGAUGGUGGUGGUGGGACGCAGGCAGUGGAGGCCGGCGCUGCACGGGUGAAAGAGUGCCGAGCGAGCGUGCUGGAAUGCGCCGGUGCUGCUUUGUGGGCGGCGGGCGGCGCAAGCGCACGGCGCAAGAGUUUCGCGCGGGCGGCCGGCCGCCGGCGGCGCAGCGCGCGGAUCAAGGGUGCCUGCCCCAGCUCCGCCGCCGCGCGGCCCGACCGGCCGCCGCUGCACGUCUCCGCUGCUUGCGCCACACCCUCGUCGCCGUUGCUUUGUCCUUCCGCGAGGCAGCCACGGAGCACGAGGCGAUGCUGAUGGCCCAGCCUGCCCCACUUGGCCGUUCUCCUCCCGCACGAGCAAGAGCGUCCGGGGAGCAGCGCCGCACUGAGGCGAGAGGGCGCCGUGCGCCAAACUUUGGCAUGCGCGGCGCUCGCCUCGCUUCGGCGCUGUCCGGCCGCGCUGCGCCGAGAGCGCGGGAGGUCUGGCAGGCGUGGCGGUGCUGCCGCCGCUCAGCCUCCACCGCCUCCCAAGCCGCUGCGAAGCAAGAUGUGCAUCUCAAAAUGUGGAGUGCGCUGCGCUGAGCACGGAGAGCUGCCUGCUUGAGGUGCUGGCCCGGCACAGCGGCGGACGCGGGAGGAAGCGCAGCCAAGGCUGUGCGCACGCGCGCGCGACAGCGGACGAGGCUGUGCCACGCUCCGUGCGAAUCCGCCAGCGCGCACAGACGCAGCACGGGCGCGCCUUC